AUGCGUCGCAAGGUGAAAGACCGAAUUCCCUGGAUGGACAUUGGGGGUGCUAAGACGGGAAUCAACACAUGGAUGGAUUGUGCAAGGAUCAUUAGAGCCAGAACGCAAUCGAUGAAGGAUGAGGACAAGGAGGCCACAGUGGUGCAGUAUUCGGGCCUGCUGUUGCACUAUUGCACAAACACAGUGUCUUACUGGAUACUGUUACUUUUCAAAAUUUACGUGCUCAACUUGCUGUUUCCAAUUUCGCGCAUGUCAUUCAAGUUCGUACUUGACCUGGUCAAGGGCAGAGAGAGGAAGGAAUUGAAGCGACUGAAGGUGUAG